UGGCACGCUCCUUCCGCUCCUCCCUUCCUCGGUUAGCGAGUCGACUGAGCUAGUUAGCGAGACGAGCUCUUUAAAACCUUUCCAGUGUCAUUAUUAUGAUUUGAUUGAUUCGUGUAUAUUUUAUUUCUGUCUUCACAGUCCAGAUUACAAACCGACUAACAUCAUGAACAUAAGAAACGCGAGGCCGGAGGACCUGAUGAACAUGCAGCACUGUAACCUGCUGUGUCUUCCAGAAAACUACCAGAUGAAAUAUUAUUUCUAUCACGGACUGUCCUGGCCUCAGCUUUCAUACAUCGCAGAGGACGAAAAUGGCAAAAUUGUGGGAUAUGUGCUGGCAAAAAUGGAGGAGGACCCUGAUGAUGUUCCUCAUGGACACAUCACAUCACUGGCUGUGAAGCGUUCCCACAGACGUCUUGGUCUGGCUCAGAAGCUGAUGGACCAGGCCAGCCGCGCCAUGAUAGAAAACUUCAAUGCUAAAUACGUCUCGCUUCAUGUUCGCAAAAGCAACCGAGCAGCCCUGCACCUCUACUCAAACACACUUAAAUUCCAGAUUAGUGAGGUAGAGCCUAAAUAUUAUGCUGAUGGGGAGGACGCCUACGCCAUGAAGAGAGACCUGGCCCACAUGGCCGAUGAGGUCCCAAAGCUGAGGAAGCCCGGAGUGCGCGUUACGGGCCAGGAGGCUCCGUCGGGCCAGAGUCCGUCCGGCUCCGGUGACCAGGAGAGAGAGAGCGAGAGGGACAGCGGAGGAGAGAGCAAAGAGCUGAGUGAAGUCAGCGAGGCCACGGAAAGCACGGACGUUAAAGAUUCUUCUUCUGAUUCACAAUGACGCUGCAGUCCUAGACAUUUUUUUUAAAAAUUCACCUCUCACUUCCUCUUUUUAUCUCUAUUUGACAAUAUCUCUGGCUUCACAAACUGUGACUAUCCCCACAUUUACAUCAGUGGUUUUUCUUAUUAAAUCUCAGCUAAACGUCUUGGAUAAUGACAUGAAUCGGGCUGUUUAUCUCAAUGAAACUCUCAAUGAACAACUGGUCUCAGUGUUUUUAUUGGAUUGCUGUCGUCAUUACUGAAGUUCUGUACAGUUCAGAGAACCGAAAACAACUUGUGCUCAAUCUGACCUUAAAUAUUUAACAGUAUAACUGCAAAUAAAUCUUUCAAAUAAUA